GAUGAAUGUAGAGCAAGCAACACAUGCCCUAGCAAUGCAGAAUGUCACAACACAGUUGGAAGUUAUUAUUGCAUGUGCACAUUUAUAUUUAGGACUCAAACAGUGGCAGAUAAUUUAAACAGUACACAAGAGAGAUGCAACGGUCAAUUGUGCCAUUGCUGUCAUGAAUCACAGAAUAAAAGUCAUCCACAGUGUUCUUCAAAGCUCAUUUUAAAGAAAAGCCAGUUGAUAAUAGACAGGAUAACUUCAGUGGAAUUUAAUACUACGACUACUAAGCAACACAGUGAGGAGCGACAGAAUAAAGUAACUUCACUGCUGCAGGAUGUAGAACAAUCGGUCUUGGAUGAUACAUUGUCAGCACUGAAUUCAAAUGGAACAAAAGAAGAAAUACUAAGACGUUACACAGAUAUAGCAGAGAUUGUUGCCCACGCAGUGCCAGCCAACAGUGACAAAGUUAACGAGACUGUGAUACUAGCAGCAGGAAAUGUCACUAUGACUAUCAAAAUACAAACUCUUGUUGAAAGGACUGAAAAAGGUGUUCCUCCCGUUGCUGUGCUGAUAUUAUUCAAAAUAUAUGACAUAGAAUCUGUUCUCUCUCGUGGCCGUGUAGACGAUAAAGAAAUAGGAAGUGCCAAUUAUAAGCUGAACUCAAAAAUAAUUACUGCAACUAUUUCAAGCAAAAACAAGAACAACUUCAGCCAUCCUAUUAUUUUCACAUUUCUUAGAGACAAGACUGAAGAUGCUGUGGGCGUUUUGAAUUGUGUUUUUUGGAAAACUGAUGACACAAACAGAAGUUACUGGUCCAGAGAUGGAUGUUUUGUUUCUAAAGAAGGCACCAACAAAACCCACGUGACAUGUGAAUGUAACCAUUUAAGCAGCUUUGCUGUUUUGCUGGCACACGUUGGCAUAGUAAGUUCUAGAUUUGUAGUAUAUGGAUUUUUCCCUUAUCAGAAAAAUGGAGUUUGUUCCAGCUCAUCUUUUCCUUAUAUCUGUACUGUAAAGCCAACAUAAUUAUUUAAUGUCUUUUAUUUUAUUUAUGAUUUGAUGAUUAUGCUAAUGAACUGACUUUUGCAGAAUUGUUUCAGUUAGGCACAACAUAUC